CGGGGCCGGCCGAGGCUCCUCGUGCCUUGAGGGCUCCGGUCGGUGCGGGCCGCGGGGGGGAGAGCCGGGGCUCCCGCGUAGCCAGGAGGGAGGGAGGGGCUGGUGCCGCCCGGGUUGGUCCUCCGGGCAAAUUAGGCCGUUUAAAUAAAGAGAUGCACUUUCAAGGCGGCGUCAUCAGUGGAGGGAAGCGACCUGUGCCCGUUUUUCACCACCCUCCGUGUGCGCAGAGGGCGACUGGUUCCCGUUCAUGGCUGCUCCGACCAGCAACCGUCGUUCAUUUUAACAGCCAAGAUGCUAAUUAACGACUGCAGCGAUUCCCUCAAACGACUGUGGCAAGAAAGUUGGAAGAUGGGCCCAAAAUAAGACUUGCCUGUAAAAGACAGAAAAAAAUGAGGCUCAAGGGACUCCGGAGCGGGUCUUUCUCCGAAAUUCUCCUUUCUGCGGCCAAUUCAGAGUUGCAGAUGGACACUGAAGCAGGAAGACAUGAAAGGUGUCAGGACUGAAGUAAAAUGAAAUGUUUAUUGCCAAUUGUCCCCAUUGAAGCAGCCCUUCCCCAUCUUUCCUGCUUGCAGAAGAGGCUCUUUGUCCUCGGCGUGGCCUGCUGGGAAGAUCCGGAGGAAGGAAGGCGAGAGGACCGGUCCUGACGCAGGAGGCUGCUUGUUCCAGGAAGACCUUGAUCCGCUCUGUUUGGUCUUGCAUGUUUGAGUUUCAGAGGUCAGAACAAGGAGUGAAAAAAAAAACCCCUCAAUGAUCUUUACACGAACUCUGUUUAUGACUGGCGGCUCUGCGGGGGGUCCCAUUGUCGAUGGGCGCAUUUAUACUGAACUCUGUGUCCAGCCUGGCUCUCCGGUUAUCAUUCUCUAGAAAGCAGCCAUGAGCGCAGUUGAGAUCAAACCAGAACUUUGAGAAAGCCUCCGCCUGGCAGAGACGCAGACGGACAGUCAGGCAGCUGCUGGCUCCCUCUUUUGAGCCCUCUGCCGCCAGCCUUCCUCUCCCCUCGGCCAGCAACUCUGCUGCGCCUGCAGUUUGGACUCUUAAAAGCCGCAGAGCCCUACUCCUUCCGUCCACUCUCUUUCUUGACCCUUGGAAGCACAGGCCCAGCCACAAUGGCGGAGAAGAACUACAGCUAUCACCGGUUUGUCAUAUUCACCGCUAUGUAUGUUGGGUACACCUUGUACUACUUCAACAGAAAAACCUUCUCUUUCGUGAUGCCUUCAAUCAUGGAAGAGGUACCAUUGGACAAAGACGAUUUGGGUCUCAUCACCAGCAGCCAAUCUGCCGCUUACCCAUUAGCAAGUUUCGUGAGUGGUGUCCUUUCAGACCAGCUGAGUGCCCGCUGGCUCUUCUCUUCCGGCCUCCUCCUGGUGGGAUUGGUCAACGUGCUGUUUUCUUGGAGUUCCACCGUUGCCCUGUUUUGCGGGACGUGUCUUGAACGGACUGCCCAAGGCCUGGGCUGGCCCCCCUGUGGCAGAGUGCUGCGCAAGUGGUUUGAACCUUCCCAGUUUGGGACUUGGUGGGCCAUCCUCUCCACCAGCAUGAAUCUGGCUGGAGGAAUCGGACCCAUUGUGGCAGCAUUGAUGGCCCUGACCUAUGCCUGGCGCACCAUCCUAGCCUUCUCUGGCACCCUGUGUGUGGUUGCCUCCUUGGUGUGCUUGCUCCUGAUUAAGAAUGAGCCUUCAGAUGUAGGACUGCCCAACCUUGACUCUAAGCCCAAGAAAGGGAAACGAGACUCCGCGAAGGACGACAGCACCUUGGCUGAGCUGCUGUGUUCGCCCUACCUCUGGGUCCUCUCCUCUGGCUACCUGGUGGUCUUUGGAGUGAAGACGUGUUGUACUGACUGGGGACAGCUCUUUCUCAUCCAGGAGAGAGGACAGUCGGCCCUUGUGGGCAGUUCCUAUAUGAGCGCCUUGGAAAUUGGGGGCCUCGUGGGCAGCAUUGCUGCUGGUUACCUUUCGGACCGUGCAGUGGCCAGGGUGGGUCUCUCAAUCUACGGAAACCCUCGGCAUACCCUGCUCAUCCUGAUGAUGGCCGGCAUGGCUGCCUCGUUGUCUUUCCGAGUCACCGUAACUGACAGCUCCCCCAAGGGAAAUUAUUCUUGGAAUCAAUUCCUCCAUCCUCUGGCUGAUCUUGUGGGCCUUACAGAACAUGAGGUCUUUGCUCUGCUCUUGGGAGCCGUCUUUGGGUUUGCUCUUAGGACCAAUUGCCUGUUUGGCGUCAUAGCCAAUGAGAGCGCCCAUCCAAACUGUGGGCACUCUCACGCCAUUGGGCCCUGAUGGCUAACGGUACGUGAAAACAUAAUCGGAACGGUGGAGGAU